UUUUGUAACAAAUACUAGUUAAAGUGAUAUUUAUUUUAAAGCAAAUUGUUCAACAACAUACUUUCCUCUUUGUAUAUCAGUAGUAAUUGGAUGUAAACAAGUACGUUCGUUCAAUAUAAAUUGGAUAGAAACGUUUGAUCUGGCGUGUUAGAGAUUCGGACAGGCUGUAUUUACUCAGGAAGUAAAAUCUUAUAAACGUUAAACGUUUCAUCUACUGUGUAUAAAUCUUUGACUUUGGAUUUAAAUUCAAGUGGAUUAUUUUGGACAGUGAAGAAAAAUGUUGCUGAACGGAUUAUUAGUGUCUAUAGUGUAUUUGGUACACAUGGCGAGCUCGCAGCACGUGCAACAAGCUGAUCAAAUAUGUGGAACAAAGGCGUUUGAUAUUGUGUUUGCCAUCGAUACCUCGAGUAGUAUCUGGAAACCGGACUUUGGCCUUGAGUUAAAAUUUAUCAAAGACGUGUCUCAACAGUUCAAUAUAGGACUUCGACAUGAUCAGACCAGAAUUGGUGUGGUCUCCUUCUCUGACAACUAUUACCUUCAGUUUCAUUUAUGGCAGAAUAAUCGACUUGACCUUUUAGAUAGGGCACUGAACCGUAUCCGGCAUAGGGCAGGCAGAAAGACCAACACGGCGGCAGCAUUGAAGUAUAUGGUUAGUACGAUGUUUACCCCGAGAUACGGCAGUAGGAAGAACGCAAUACACGUGGCGGUGGUGAUAACCGACGGGAAGUCACAAGACCGGAAGAAGACACUUCAAGCAGCUGCGCAUGCGCGGAAAGCUGGAAUUCACGUAUUUGCUAUAGGAGUUGGUGACCAAGUUGAAUAUAGAGAGCUGGAGGAAAUAGCAAGUAGACCACCAGAACAACAUGUGUUUGAAGUAGAUGACUUUGAGUCACUAGAUUCAAUGAAAUACAUAUUAGCAAACAAGACAUGUACAGGACCAGUGACAGAACCACCGUUUUUUGCGAGUCAUUCUGGACAGUUACUUGGAUCGCAAUCACAAGGAGGUGGACGGCCGACACAGUCACCUCCGUUGGUAAGAACCCCUACUGGAGCCAGAUGGUCGACAACGACCCACUCAAUGAGGGAUGUUACCAUACCUAUACCCGAUAUCCAGGCUGACAUAGAUCCUAGGCUUAAUGUAACAAAUUGUGGGGGAAAACCAGCAGAUAUAUACUUUGCCCUUGAUGCAUCUAGCAGCGUUUGGCCAAUUGACUUUAAAAAGCAGCUGACAUUUAUUGAAAGUUUAAUCAGUUUAUUUGAUGUCUCGCAAAAAAAAACGAGAGUUGGACUCGUGCUUUUUAGUGACAGAGUACAGCCUAUCUUCGAUUUUAAUACAUUGCAAACUAAAGAAAAUUUGAUUAGUAAAAUGAAAAAUAUAACAUUCAUGAGUGGGAGAACAAAGACAGCCGAAGCUCUCAAAUUUGUACAUGAACAGGGAUUUUCGCCCGAUGUAGCACGACAAGGAGUUGCACAUAUAAUGUUUGUGUUCACGGACGGGAUUUCUAAAAGACCUCACGUGACUGCACGAGAGGCGGAGCUAGCAAAAAGACGCGGUAUUUACAUGUUUGCUGUCGGUAUCGGCAGAAGCGUCGAGAAAACAGAAUUGAAAGAUAUAGCAAGUGAGCCGUCUGACGACUUUGUGUUCCACGUCAGCAAUUUCAGUGUACUCGGAACAAUAAGAAAUAUUCUAGCUAUUAAAACAUGUGCCAUACAACCUGAGAACUUCGUCGCCGAUCAAAAGAAAUUUGAAUGUGACGUUAAAGUACCGACAGAUCUUAUGUUUGUGUACGACUCGGCACAGCUCGGAAUUCCACGUACACGGAAAAUUACGAAGUUUGUUUAUGACGUCACGUCCGCUUUGAACAUGGAGUCACAUAAUCUUAAAGUUGGCAGACUUAUGGAAAAUUGCCUUUCUGGUGCCGAUUCAUUUCUAUCAUCACAGAAGCCAUCCAUGGACUUUGAUGGCAUAGACUUUCCCGAUUUUCGAAGAAUGAUUAGAAAACUAGCCAGUCAAGGCUUUGCCGAGCCGUAUGGUGCACGACGUUAUGCUAAAAAAGUUGCAGUGCUAUUUUUAGAUGAUAAUAUGGAGAAUCUUAAACAAGCUGCUGAAGAAAUUGCGCGUUUAAAAGAAACCCAUACAAUGGUUAUUACUAUUGGUGACUCGGACAUGUACACAGCCGCUUCAUUUUCUUCAAGGCCGGUCAAUGACUAUAUCGUGCACGUGCCGUCGUAUAAAUACUUGCAUACCGCAAAAUCAACACUUUUACAAAAACUUUGUAACGUGCUCCAUAAAGACAGACAAUAAUUGAUAUGUUAUGCAAAGUUUGCAUGUUAAUGUCAAGAUGAAUGUUGAUGUUGUUAGCCAAAUUUUGACAAAUACUUCGUAUAACUGUGAUAUUUAUGAUGGAUAGAUUAAUAUAUUGUAUAUAAAGUUAGGCAGGUACAAACCUUCCAAAGUUCCAAUGUGACAUUUGAAAAAAGGACAUUCCUUUGAAUAAUUAACCAAACUUUUUUCUAUGCAGAUUACGUAAAGUAUGUCUACAGAAAUUAAUUGCACUAUAUGUUUUUGGUUUUAUUUGAAAUGCCUCCUUUGUUUUGAUUUCAGUCAAGAAUUUCUGUGUUAAAUGUGUAUUUUACUGAAUAAUAAAUAAGAGGUAUAAUAAUGUAAAUAAGCAUAUCUUGAACCAGGGAAAGUGGUGAAACAUAACAUUUUA